UCCUCAACCAGAACUUUCAAGGCGGGAUGAUCUCGAAUAACAACUCCCAAGCCUCCGGGCAGGCUGGCAUACCUUUCAGCCCCUUCAUAACCCCAAACUUCACGAUAAACAACGGUUUGAUGGUGCAGAGGAGCAGCGGGGGCUUCAAGUUGGCCAUGGGGGAGGAUGGGCGUUUCGUCCUACAGCACGACCCCACGAUGAACCACGAUCUCCAGUCGCAGCUGAUCCUCCAGGGGAUCAUCGGUCUUAACGGCGGAUUAGUCCUGCAGCCGUCCAUAGAUCAGCAGACUGUCCAACAAACGGUCCAGACGAUACAGCAGCAAAGCGUGCAGACCAUCCAACAGCAAACGGUCCAGAGCCAGACCAUCCAGACGGUUCAGCAACAGACGGUGCAGCCUCAAGCUGUUCAACAUUCGAUACAGGCCCUCCAGCCUCAGAUACAACAGCAGACGGUGCAGCAAACCAUACAGCAUCAGACGGUUCAGAGUCAGCCCAUUGCUGCGAUACAGCAACCGAUGCAGAUCGUUCAGCCACAACCGAUACACAGCAUGGCCUCGCAGGUGCAACCGACUGUUCACUCCAUACAGUCCCACGUUCACAGCUUGCAGUCGCAGUUGCAGGGUCAGAUUCAUAAUUUACUGCAACAACAACAACAGCAGCAGCAGCAGCAACAACAACAGCAGCAAAAUCACAUUCAGAACCACCAGCCGCAGAGCAUCCAGACCGUUCAAUCCACACAUCAACCAUCGGUGACCAUGACUUCUCUACCGCAACAGUCUCCGGUUCACCACUCGCACCAGAGCCACUCUCAGCCAGUUCUGAAGGUGCAGCCGUUCCAGAAAUCCCAGCUGCCGGUUCAGACUGUCCAUCCGCAACCGGUCCAGUCCGUUCAGCCUCAGCCAAUUCAAGCGGUGCAACCCAUGCAAGCUGUGAAUUCGCAGCAGGUCCACUCCCAGCUACCCAUACAAUCGGUGCAUCAGAACCAGCAGAACAUGGACGGGGGUAACCAGCAGCAACCGACUUCUUACGUUGUUAACUUGACUCCUGAUCAACUUGAACAACUAAAGAGGAACGGUCAACUUACUGUCAAUGGACAGACGAUCUUCAUGCCCAGAUCCAACCAGUUGAACAAACAGACCGACAGUUCGAUGUCGGAGAAGAAGUUGAGUCCGAAGAUUAAACCGGUGAAGAAGGUGCACAAGAUACAGGCCGUUAAGAGUUUAUCACAGGAUAACAUCGAGUCUGUUAAACCGGUUAUUACGAUCAAUCACCAUAAGGAGGUUAAGAGUUCCAUGCACAGCCCACAGAAGAACGUGAUACAGCCUCAGGUUGUCCAGCCUCAACCCCAGAAACCGGCCCAGCCUUCGGCCAUGGUUCAGCCUCAACCGAUGGUACAGUCCCCCUCCCAGAAGCAGAUGGAGAAGAACAAGAUGCAGAACCAGCAGAAGGUCGAAUCGAGCAGCAACCAGGAGGUGGACAAGCUGCUCGGUCAGAUCCUGGAGGAGAGCAGCAACGUCAACAUCGUGACCAACAACGCCCCGCCGCCCAAUAUGCAACACCAGAGGAUACACGCCAUCCAGUUGACGCCGCAGAAGCAGCAGCACCUAAAGAAUAUCCAGAUGCAGAUACAGGCGCUAUCUAGUCAGCUGUCGUCGAGCGGGAACGCGGACAUUCAGAACGCGCUGAAGAAUCUGUUCGCCGAACAGCAGAAGAUUUUGGCCACCGGGAAGCUUUUGCCCCCCGAUAAGGUCUACUAUCACAACAAUCACUUGACGAUUAUCAAUCCGUCCAGCAUGAACUCCCCUCCGCCUGCCACCACUCCGGUCAAGAUCGAGCCUCCCAGUCCGAGUCCCGUGCAGGCUAUGCAGCAACACAGCAAUAAUAACCUCAGGAGGGGAUCUACGGAGCCAGUGCCAACAUAUCAGCAGGUCCCCACACCGGAAUCCCUGCCCAGUCCCAGGGUGCCCAGUUCGAUGCCUCCGUCGGAAACGCAACACCAACACCACCACCAGCACCAGACUAACCAACAGCAGCAGCAGCAGCAGCAAUCCAACAUGUCGCAGAACUUGUUACAGCACAGCCACCAAACGCACACUGUCAAUUCGCAACAUAACGUGAUCAUGUCGAAUCAGCAGCAGCAGCAGCAACAACAGCACCACGGCAAUCAGGCCAUAUUGCCCAAGACCUCCAACGUUGCCACCACAACCACCAGUAUGCCACCCCCAGCUCAGCUGUCCCCGCAGCAACAGUUCAACUCGAUAGCUAAAAAGGCACAACUUAUCGAGGCUCAACUGGCUCAAGAUCAAGCGGGGGCUGUCAAACCGGAUGUACAAACGCCCUUCAAGGAUAAGAAGGACGCUUGCAUCAGAUUGAUAAGGUAUCACUGCAUGGAUCAACCGGUACUCUCUCAGAAGGAUCUCAACAAAGCCGAUGAGAUAUUCGAGCAUACCGCCAAGCAUUUCAUAGCCAAGUACGAUAAGAUGCAGGACAAGUACAAAUAUUUACUCCUAAAGGAAAGCCAGAGGCAAGUCCGAACUUCCGAGCUGAUGAUGUUGGAUAGGCUAUACCUGGCCGAAGAGCAACAGUCGCUGAUGAGGCUGCGCCAGGAGGCCGAAGAGGCGCAAUUCCUCGACCUCAACCCCAUCCAGGAGCCGGAGACGCCGCUCAACCCUCACCAGAACCAGGCGAUGCGGUACCUGCACCACCUGUCCCAGAACCACAACAACCAGCAGACUCAGGGCCAGUACGGUCAUCAGAUGGGGCUCGGUCAGCAGGGGUACCAAUCCACACAUCACGGUGCCAGAAUUUCGGGGCCUCAGCCGCUCCAGCAGAAUCCGCAGGGCGGCCAGCACCAGACCAACCAGGGGCAGGGUCAGAAUAACCACCACCAGACGCUGUCCAGUCAGAAUAACCACCACCAGCAGCCGGGACAGAGCCCUGGUUCGUACCAUCACUUGUCGCAGCAGCCGGCAGACCUGCACGCGGCCUCUAGUCAUCACGUGACCCUGCAGAACCAGGUGGGCUCGAUGAGCAACGAGGAGUACGACGAGUGGACGUGCAUCCAGCGGGAGCUAGGCUGUUUGCCCGGGGACGACCACAAGCAGAACUUCGUGGAGACCGGCAACGAGCACCCGAACAACAACGCCCAUCUAACGACCAAACGUUCGGCCAGUAGCGAUUCACGUCUGGAGACCCUGAAGAGGUUCAGGGUGGAUAAACACCAUAAAAAGACUACGGACGGUGUACAUAACAGUGUUAAUAGUGUUGUACAAAGUGUUAGUAAUAAUUUAUCGCAAAAUACUCAUUUAACGAUGGCAGGUCAGUCGUGCAUGACUAGCCGUUAUCAGAACAUGUUCGAGGGUCAGAGUCAGCACCACGGUUACAGCAGCUUGGAGACCGAGGACGGUAUAGAGGGUAAAAGUCUGGACGAGCAGGUCCAGUCGGCCAUCGAUUCGAUUCUGAAUCUUCAGCAGAAUACGGCGUUGGACCUUGAUAGUAUACUAUCAUGACGGUAUGUAUAAUAUGUGGGAUUCUCUAUUCCGUUUGGCAGAUAUGUGAUCUUCAAUUUAUUGUCGAUGGGACGGUUGUUAAAAUAACUAAAUGAUCCAUGCCGGAAACAAAUAUGGUCCUCUAACAAUCUCAUUUUUCGAUGAUUUGUAUUCGAACAGCAAUAACGAUAUAUAUAUCGAGAUUUUUCCCAGACAAAUAUAACGAGUUUUAGUUUGAAACGAACACAAGGGCAUUCGGCGUUAUUCUAACAACCGGGCCUAUGUAUGGUCUAUUCGAAUCGAAUCUGAGAUUUUAAUUUAUUUUUUGGGUAAGGAUUAUCUGUCUGCUCAACAAUUUUUAAAUAAAUGGAGAUCAGUAUAAUCAGAGCGGUGUGUACAUAUUUUAUGUAAUAAUUUACAAUGGAAGAUUAUUUCGACUCCUACGUAUUUUCUGGAUUCUCCCACAUCUAAAACUGGUAGAUAUACCUUCGGGAGUCUCACUCGUACAGAAAACUGUACUUCAAAAUAUCUAAGAAUCACAAUUUUGCUUUAAAUAAGGAGCACAAAGGAAGUUACCUCAAAUUUCUUCAGAAACGUUUGAAAGAUGUUAAUGGGAAACCUCGUGUUGGGAAUUCCAGAAAGUACGGACGAGAAUUCAGAUGAGCAUUAAUUUAUUGUCGGAACAUACUCAUUUCGAACCCCGGAACGGGGUUUGGAAGCAUGUCGAUCGGUAACUAGGAAUCUAGUGUUUUGUUAUGCCAGUAAGAUUUAAAUUAUUCGAAUAUUCCAAAUGAAGAAGAAUGUACAGCUUUACCACUACUCUGUUUUUUUUUAAAACGAUGUGAUUUAUUUUUGAAUUAUAUUUCUUUUAAUUAUUCGGCUUUUUGCCAAAAUUAACUUAAUUUAUUUUGUUGUUAUUUGAUUAUUCAGGAUGUGAAUUUAUUCGGAGAUCUCUUAGUCAUUGUGAUUGAUUUUUAGAUUUAAAUAUUCUGAUUAUACUGGUGUCCUUCGCUUUUUAACAGUGUUAACAUGCCAUUCGUUUUUUAGAGCUAAACUUAAUUGAUAAAAGUGUACGUUAGGUACAAGAAAUGGUAAAGUGAAUUUUUAAAAAUUUUUGUCAUUGUUAUCAGCUAGGUACCAAGUUUUACGGACACAUUGUAAAUAAAGCCACUCUUGAUGACACUGUAAAAAGCCUCUGUUGUAAAUAUUUUAUUUAUGUACUUAGAUUAUUAUAAUUUUCUGAGGUAUAAUUAUUAUUAAUUAAGACUGACUCAGAAAUUUUGGUUCCUACCAGGAAAGUAUUUGAAAAGAAUAAAAAAUGAUUAUUCAA